UAACAAAUAUGGUUUAUGUUUCCAGAGCGAAUGGAAAUAUCCACCAUUUGAUGCUUACAUGGAUGAAAAUGGCGACAUUUAUGCUCGUGGCGCACAGGACACUAAAGACAUCGCUAUCCAAUACUUAGAGGCCAUCAAGAGACUUAAGAAUGAUAACGUCACUUUACCCCGCACUCUGCAUAUCACUAUUAUGACAGAUGAAGAAUCCGGCAGCGCACAAGGAAUGAAAGUAUUUGUGAAUACUACCGAGUUCAAAACCUUAAAUGUUGGGUUCGCGUUGGAUGAAGGACAAACUACACCUGGAGACACUAUUCUUGCUUCAUUUGUGGACAAGAGAGCUUGGUCAAUGUGUUUUACUAUCCGUGGUGUUGGUGGCCAUGGAUCCUUGAUGCCGGACGGAACGGGUAUGGAUAACUUCCACACAUUUCUUAACGUCGUGUAUGACUACAGAGAUACACAGAAAGCAAUUCUGAAGUCUGUUGCAAACAGCACUGUUGGUGCUGCGGCUUACACCAGUAUCAACAUCAAUACAGUCAAGGGUGGAAUAGCCAGCAACGUCAUAGCGACGGAGAUACAGGCCAUCAUGGAUAUGAGACUGGCUACAGAUGCGAACCCACAAGACAUGGAAACUAUGGUAAACUCCUGGUUGAGAGCAGCUGGGAACAACAACUCGGUGACAUACCUUCGAAAAGACACUGAAUCAGGAAUAACAUCAGUCGACAACACCAAUCCCUUUUGGGUCUCCAUGCGGGACACUUUGAAUGGAAUGGGCAUCAGAUUAGAGCCAGUAGUCAAAGCAGCGAUGUCCGACGCGACCUAUUUGCGAAACAAGGGUAUACCGACCCUUGGUUUUGCAACUAAAACCAGAACUAUUCACAGACUUCAUGCCAAAGACGAGUAUCAAAAUGUAGAAACGUUCCUAAGAGGUAUCGAUAUUUAUACCGAAGUACUCAAAGGUUUAGCUAAUGUACCUUCAUCUUAAAAAAACUAAAUUGUUAAUAAAUAUAAGUUAGCUAUAAGUACUUAUAGUUAAUAAAAAAUAAUGAUAAUAUUUAAA